AUGGCCACGGUGUUGAGCGGAGAAAAGUCUACUGAAUCUGAAACUGAUAAGGUAACUUGGGACCUCCUCGGAACAACUUCGCCGGUCUUUCAUCCGCGACGGGAUCAGUCCCCGACCGUGAUCCACGGCCUUCAAACGCGAACCCGAGGUCGCAUAAUCCAGGAGACUGGCAGGGCUCUUCGACUUCCUCUCGGGCCACCUCCGGCGGAGAGCCUCCACAGCGCUUCUUCUUCCUCUUCGACGAACGUCGGAAUCACCCAACGCGACAAUACCGCAUCAGCUGGAGGGGGUUUCGGCGUGAACACCUACACCUUCAUCAAGCAAGAGGGAAAGCGGCAGCUUAUCAAGUUCCACUGGAAGCCCAACUGCGUCAAGUGCCUCAUGGGAGCGACGAGGCCGCGCAGGACGUCGCCGGGAGAAACGCACAGCCACGCGACCAGGAUCUCGUACGACUCCAUAGGCCGCCGGUAACUACACCGAGUUGAAGCAUCUUUGUCGGCAGGUAAGGACCCGGACGACGAGGACGCGCUAGAAUUUCGAAACCCGCUGGACGACACCAAGACUGGCCCGAGGACCUCCUGCCCUUCAGCGGUAGGCAGGUUGGUUCUCACGAACGUCGACAACUUCUUCGCUGAGAACGAGCUAGCUGGCGUUGUGGGCCGGCUUGUAAUUGGGCCCGGAAUCCUAUUUCACUCGGACGAUAAGAAGCUCCAGUGCCGAGAUUUUCGCCUAAAUUUGGACACUCAGAGGUACGCGGCUGGGGCCGGGGGAAAUUAUCUGAUGCUGCCCGUGAACGCGCCUAAAUGCGCACACCACAACAAUCACUACGACGGGCUGAUGAACUUCAUGGACAGGACCGAAGAGGUCGAUUACUAUCCAUCGAGGCAUGCCCCUCUCCGACACGCUGAGAGAUUCCCGAUCCCUGCCCGUCCAGUUACAGGGAGGCGCGAGAAGGUUAUAAUUCACAAGCAGAAUGAUUUCAAGCAGCCAGGAGAGCGAUAUCGCUCUUGGGCACCUGACAGGCAAGAUCGAUUCAUCCAGAGAUGGGUCGAGGCGUUAUCUCACCCUAAGGUCAGCUAUGAACUUCGCAGCAUCUGGGUCUCGUAUUUGGCUAAGUGUGAUACAAGCCUCGGUCAGAAGGUGGGAAAUCGCCUUAAUGUGAAGCCGAGCAUGUGAUGGAGUUAUCGAGUUUGUGUAAUGUUAUGUGGAGAGAGCGUGUAAGAUCCAUGUCCAAUAAGAUCGCCAGAGAUCAGUUCCUUGUUAUAUGGAUGCAUGAAGUGUUAUGUAACUCUCAAUGAUGUACCGAGGACUUUGCUCAUAGUUUGAAGUUUUGAUGAAAUGUCCCUGUUUAUAUAUGCAUUAUAUAUGAUAUCUA